AUGCCUGUGAAACUCGAGCUAUUCCCAAAUGGCUUGUACCAGGUGUUCGCAAGUGCGUCUCUAGGGGCUCGGAGCGACCCCAAAGAACAAUACAUUGCGUACCUAGACACCUAG